AUGCAUUCCUCUAUCCUCGCACUAGGCCUCACGGCCUUCCUCAAUGGUGCUUUUGCACAGAACAACUCCUACUCUCAGUACUCCCUCAAGACCACAUACGACUCUUCCAACUUUUUCGAGGCCUUCGAGUUCUUCAACGAGGAGGAUCCUACACAUGGCUUUGUUGACUACGUCGAUGCCGGCGCCGCUAACGCUGAGGGUCUGGCUGGCUAUGUCGACGGUGCUGUCUACAUGGGUGUAGACUACCAGACAAAGAGCCCUUCCAACGGCCGAAGGUCUGUCCGUGUCACUUCCCACGACGCUUUCACUCACGGUCUCUUCAUCGCCGAUAUUGCCCAUAUGCCUGGCAGCAUCCCCGGUGUCUGGCCCGCAUACUGGAUGUUCGGUCCCAACUGGCCAACCUCUGGCGAGAUUGAUAUCCUUGAGGGUGUCAACACUCAGACCGAGAACAAGAUCAGCCUCCAUACUGGACCUGGCUGCAGCAUCACCAAUGAUGGCACCACUCAUGGCACCACCCUCGAGUCCGAGAACUGCGACUCUGCUGGUGCCUCUGCGGGCUGUGGCCAGAACACAUCCGACAACCAGAACUACGGCGAUGGCUUCAAUGACAUUGGCGGUGGAGUCUACGCCACUGAGUGGACAUCCGACCACAUUGCUGUAUGGUUCUUCCAUCGCGGCCGCAUCCCGCAAGAUAUCCAGUCCGGUAACCCCACCCCUUCAUCCUGGGGUCCUCCCGCUGCCAAGUUCAACGGCGGACAAGGCUGCAACAUCGACGAUCACUUCAAGGAGAACAACAUCGUCUUUGAUACUACUUUCUGUGGUGAUUGGGCUGGCUCUCCUGAUGUCUGGGGCAAGAACCCAGAGACUUCGUCUUUGGGAGACUGCAAGGACUAUGUUGCCAACAACCCCGCUGACUUCAAGAACGCCUACUGGCUUGUAAACAGUAUCAAGGUUUACGUUCAGGGAGCUUCAUAUGGCGGUGGUAAUGGAACCACCGGUGGCGGCAACUCCGGCAGCGGUAACAGCGGUAGCGGAAACAGUGGUACCGGCAACUCUGGCAAUGGCAAUUCCGGCAAUGGCAACUCAGGAAACGGAAAUUCUGGCAACAAUAACUCAGGUAACGGUAACUCUGGUAACGGAAACUCGGGUAAUGGUAACAGUGGUGACGGCCAGAGCGGAAACGGUGAUGGCCAGACCAACCCACCCAAUACUCAGCCAGGACAAGGCACUCAGAACGGUCAGCAAGGUCAGAACGGUGACGGAUACUCUCCUGACAGUCAACAAGGCCAAGGCCAAGGCAACGGUUAUACUCCUGAGCAACAGCAAGGCCAAGGCGGUGGCUACAGCACUGGCCAAAGUUACGAUAAUGGCCAAUACCAUGGCCCUGGAGCCUACAAGACCAGCCAGUCCCAAUCAAGUGGCACCACAAGCUGGGACGGAAACGGCUGGCGAGUCGGGUCCAAGCGAUCCAUCAUCUCGAAGCGAUACCUUGCAUGA